UGAGUGCAGUGGGGACAAAAUUAAGCUUCAAGAAAUGCCACUUUGCUUUCUUCUAUCUUUCACCACCCGAUAACUUUUACAAAGCCUUAAUUCUUCAAAGAUUAUUCUUGUUUCCAUGACUACAUGGUGGGCUUAUAGGUUGGUCAAAUGCUGUUUGUUGUGUAGUAGGGACGGGCGCUCGAUAUUGCUAUGAAUUAAAAAUUCAAAACAUUAAGUUGGCAGCCAUUUGGACAUGUAUAUAUAGACGGGGAUGCCAAGAAGAAAUGGAGGUAGAGCAGCAAGUUGAUUUAUGAUUUUUUUGAGUAGGGUUAUGAGCCGUGGAGAAAGGAUGGGGUUGGGACCGUUGGGUCCAAUGUUGUUGUUGCUAAUUGCUUCGGUUUUGAGCCCUUACUUUGUUUCUGGAUUGUAUGGCCAGCAUGGAAAGACUGAAACUGUUGGCCAUGACAACUCUGCUUCCAUAUACAAGGAAAAUGUUGAUGCCGCUAGUGGGCAACAAGGAAGAAAUAUAACUACUUCAGGAAAUGAUGUUGUUAGUGUGAGCAUGCAAGCCGUUCACAAUGGCGGUAGCGGAAAAGGAGGAGGAGGUGGUGGUGCUGGUGGUGGCGGUGGAGGAGGAGGUGGAGGUGGAGGAGGUGGUGGCGGUGGAGGAGGUGGAGGUGGAGGAAGAGGUGCCGGUAGCGGUGGAGUGGCCAGUGAGGAAGUUAUGGCUACCACUUACGGUCUCGCCACAUGUCGCACGUUGGCUAGAUCAGCUCCCAAAUGCAAAGGAAGACUUGAUUCCUUCCAAGCCGCCGGUUCCACCCGAUUCAUGUCUAAUCUCGUUAAUUCCGGCGAAAACAAAGCCUUCCCUAUCGACACCGGAGCACUUGCAAAGGAGUUGGAAUCACGUGGCGUGCCUCCAUUCCAUACUGAAGCUGUAAUGGGAGUCCUCAAUGCCCAGAAAGCCCAACACCGUCUAUCUGAGAUGCAAGACGAUAUUAAGAAACUGCAGGAAUCAAAAGAAUUUAGCGGAGCCUUUUACUUUUUAUGGUGUUCCGGGUUGACCAUUGCCACGGUUUUUGCUUUCUCAAAGUGA